AUGCGCUCGACUCGCAGAAGACAGGCAGACGCUGCCGAGCCUAGCUCGACGAUGAACGCCGUCGCAGCGCCCAGCACUGCCGAAGACACGUCUACGCAGUCGCCUACCGUUGUCACGCUCAGCAAGAUCGAGGGCCCUACUUUGAAGAAGUCGGAGCCGCGACGCGACGUGCGCUCUAAGCUGCCGAAGCCCAUCCAGUUCCCGCUCGUCGCCAUCCUGAGCCUGUCUCUCUCAGCACUCGGCUACUCCCUGACUUGGCCAUACACGAAGGGCGUCAUCGCUGCGCACGCGAGACUGCUGAAUACCUGGAUUGAGGUCGGACUUGUGUUUGGCUGGAGAAUUUUCGAGCUUGCGCUUGGAUGGUUCGGUAACUACGAUGGUUACGAUCUUACGGCACUCAACUUGUUGUCUCACGGUCCUCCGCUCUAUCUUCUAUUCGCCCACUACGACACACCGCCCAGUUCUCUGCUGCUGACGCUCGCCAUCGAGUCGCUGGCGACCUACAUCCCCUUCCGGCUGCUGCGCCCCCUGUCCACCGCCCAUGGAAAGCCCAGCGCCGCGCCCAACGCCGAGAUCGUCGCCGACACCUCGAUCGCGCUCAUCACCACCUUCCUCGCCGGCUGCAUCUACAGCGUUAGCCUCCUCUUCGCUUACGCGACCUACCUUCCAACCUACCUGGUGGUGUACUUCGAGAACCUGCCCUCGGUCGCCCGCGCCCACGAGUCAUCCUACAUCGGCCUGCUGCCCGCGACGCUCGCGCUCGGCUUCGCCGCCUGGGCCUUCCUGUUUACGCCGGCCGAGGCGACGGGCCGUACCCCCGCCGACGCCGAGAACGAGGCCUUCGACCCCGAGGCCGCGAGCCUGGCCGAGACGGUCCGCUGGAACUUCUGGGGCUGGAGCACGCAGACCAAGGUCGUGAUGCAGCGCACGGCGCUGCUGAUGCUGGUCACGGGCGUCAACACGUUCCUGCAGGCGCGCCUCACGCUCGCGGGCGUCGAGUCGGCUGGCGCGGCGGCCUGGGCUAGCGUCUGGGUUCUGGCUGCUGCUAUUACCGGGUUGGCGUUAGGUGUUGUUGGCAGCGCCUAG